CAUUCCGCUCAUUAUUUGCUUCUCCGAUUAAACCCGAACAGUGAAACGGCAUUAUGCAGCCCACUGGAAUCGUCUCGCUUGCCAUGGUGGCCACCGCUGCCGUUCUCUUCACCACGGCCGAUGCCCACGGCCAGAUGCUUGUGCCGGACUACCGUCAAAUCUCCGCGAAGUUCCGCAAGGAUUCAGGUGCCCUCUCUCAGGCAGGAGAUCAGGAGCUGCAAUACGCGCCCGUCGAGAACCUGUCCGGCCGCUCGCAAAAGGAUUUUCCAGAGGCUGCGACGUUCAACCUCAUGAACGGAUGUCGUGGCACGGUGUACGAGGAAGGCAACAACGUCACCACGUUGAAAGCAGGUGCAGCUUUCGAUGUCAAGUGGAUCAUCCAGGCGCCCCAUCCGGGCACCAUGAAGUUGAGUAUUGUGAAGCCCAGCGAAGACUCCACGGGCAAGAUCACAUACAAGAACUACAAGACCAUUCUGACGGUCGAUCCGUUCGCUCAGAAUGGCGGUGAGGAUGGAACCACCGCCACAAUGCCCACUGAUGUGACUGGAUGCGACAGUGCCGGUGACUGUGCCCUACAGUUCUACUGGCACUCGGAUAUCGCCAACCAGACGUACCCGACGUGCGCCGAUAUCAUUGUAUCUGGUAGUGGCGCUGGUACUUCGACCAAUACCAAGGUGACCACCGCUCCGACGGCAUCGUCAUUGGAGACCUCAGAUGCUGGCAGUAGUGCACAGACUACCCCUUCGUCGAACACAACGCCUUCAACGGAGGAAUCAGCCGAUGGGAGCAGCGCUCAGACGACACCCACUGCGCCUUCGUCGAAUACCACUCCAUCGACAAACACGACCCCAACGCCUGCCACAGAGGCCCCUGAGGCGACUACGGCUCCUAGCACCCCCACCACCGAGUCAUCCGUUGCUGGCGAGUCGGAUACCAACAAAUGCUCACGCCGCAUGCGUCGACACUAGAUUUACAUGUAGAAUCGCUUGGACGAAGCAGUCCGCGAAGUUUUAGAUGUUUCGUUGCGUGCAGUUGACGGUAAAAAUACAUGUAGAUCCUUCCUAACAGCGACCUCUGCGUUUGUCGUCGUGUGACACCUUUGCUAAAACUACCGAUCAGAAGAGCAGACCAGG